CAGGUAUAAUUUCCCGAUUUCACUUUCCUCUUUCAUUUUCGUCUUCUCACCAAAAUCCCAUCCACGCCUUCCACCAAAAUCACACCUCCUUCAACGGAAGCCGGCGCAGCCAAGGAAUCCACCGACGCCGCCGGAGCAUUCCUCAGCAACGAAGGCCGCCGCUGUUGACGCCGAGGGUUCGACUUUAGUGGUCGGCUUCGCUAAUUUCAGAAGAAACGUGCUGAUCUUCUUGUUUGUGAAUGAAACAUGGAGGUUCCGAACUACCCUCUAUAUUGCUAUUGGGGUGGAGAAAUUGUCCACAAAGAUAGCGAUAUAACGUAUAGGGGUGGGAAUCAAAAAUUUGUGUUUGUACAUUCUGCGAUGACAUAUUCACAAGUUCUGAACAAGCUAUAUGAAGAAUUGAGUGUUGAUCCUAGAGGUGUGGAGUUGAAGGUGGUUAUGCGUUAUCCUAUGGCUGGGGCAUAUGUUGCAAUUCCGUUAAAUGACGACAACGCUGUUAGAGCUAUGUGGAUUGCUGUGACUCAGAGUUCUUCUGUUGCAAUGCAAUUGUUCAUUGAACAAGUUCCAAAGGAGCCAGUUGUGCAAACUAACACUGGUUCCUUUCCGGGGAUGGAUUUUUUUGGUAGUGUGGAUCAACCGUUUUCCACUGGUGUUCAAAGUGUGGGCAUAGGGUCAUUUUGA